CCAUUCCCCUAUAUACAUUUUUUCUGUUUUUAUUAGUGUUUCUGUUCAUAUUUUGACAGACCUAAAAGUUUGCAUAACAUACUUGGAUUGAACUACUUAAUCGAAAUGAAUGGACUGUGAACCUACCUUGUGCAUGCCGGCUGAGACUACAUUAGUAUGAGUCAUUUUCAUUACUUUUUUGUUUAUGAAUACAAUAAUUCGCUCAAAUUCCGUCAUUGGCGUCUGUAGUUAUAAAAUCCAAAUGGCAAAAGUCAUUGUUGCUGGGCUACAUACUCGAGAUCUAAGAUCUAGAGUAUUUGCUGCAUAAGGUCUAACAAAAUCCAUUUAGUUUUAUCCUCACAAAAAUUGAGAACUGAUGUCAUCACUUAUUAUCAAAACAUCAUGGAAUGUGUUUUGUUAUAACCACCAAAAUUAAAUAUUAACACAUUGAGAUGCAAAUUAAUAAUCUAAUAAAAACUUGCCACUUGGGUAUAAAUUUGAUAUCAUAGUGAAAGGGUAUCACAGUUCUGUUCUGUAAUAUUUAUUCCCAAGCAAAGUAAAAAUACUUUUAUGUCAUAGUUAUUGGCCCAACACCUAAAGAGUUAUGAGGAUUCUAAUUUGUACCAUAUUUGUCGAGAUGAAUGGUUGCUCAUUAACUAGUUAUAUGAAGGUAAAUGCCCCUUGACCAUAUAAAGACUGUAGAAUGAACCUUCACUCACAAGCUACAGUGUAAAUCAGUAUUCAAAGUGAGGCCACAGGGGAAGUUAUCUGUUCUUGGAGUUUUCUGACUUUUGCUACACUCAACAAAAGCUGACCUGGUAAUGAUUUUGUAUGCUGCAUAUUAAUGGGUAUUAUGAGUAGACAGGUUAUGCAGGUGUGUGGUCCAAUUUUGAUAAUCCUCCUGGUGACAACUGUCCCAGCUGUUAAGAGUGGUAAAGUUCUUGUCUUUCCUAUGGAUGGCAGCCACUGGGUCCAUAUGAAAAUCUUGAUUGAAACACUUCAUGCCAAAGGUCACAAUAUUACAGUCAUCCGGAUGCCAGACAGCUGGUACAUCAAAGAAUUCUCACCUCACUACACAUCAAUCAAUCUCAAGACUGCAGGAGGAUUUGGUGAAGAAUUCCUUGAGACGUUCAUAUCCAGACUUAUGGAAAUUUUGAGGGACGGUUCCACCUGGGCUCGUCUUAAGCUUGAGAUAGAGAUAUGGGAAAGUAGUUUAAAGAUGAUUGAAACAAGAAAUGAGAUGUUAAUCAGUAUGUUCGAAGACCAGCAGCUAAUGCAGUCAUUAAAAGAGGCCAAAUAUGAUUUGAUGCUUACAGAUCCAACCAUAUUUGGAGGUAUUAUAUUGGGUCAUUAUCUGAAACUGCCCAUGGUCUACAAUGUCCGUUGGACACUGUUCAGUGAAGCUCAUUUUGCAAUAGCUCCUUCACCACUUUCUUAUGUUCCUUUGCCAAUUCUAGAGUUACCAGACCGCAUGAGCUUCUUUGAAAGAGUAAAGAAUGUUGUGAUGUACAUCAUAACUAAAGCACAGGUUGCUCUGAUGAUCGCUCCAACUUAUAAUGCACUUUGUGAGCGUUUCAUUGGGCCAGGAGUAUCCUACUUUGCCUUACUUCAGAGUGCUGAUUUGUGGCUCCACAGGGUUGACUUUAUUUUUGAAUUUCCACGACCCACUAUGCCAAACAUUGUCUACAUGGGGGGUUUUCAGUGCAAGCCAACAAAGCCUCUUCCACAAGACCUAGAGGACUUUGUGCAGAGCUCUGGUGAACAUGGUGUCAUUGUCAUGUCUCUGGGCACUCUCAUUGGUCAGCUUCCUCAUGACGUUGCUGAGGCAAUUGCUGAAGCUUUUGCAGAACUUCCACAGAAGAUCAUCUGGAGGUACAAAGGAAAAAGACCAUCUGCACUAGGGAAUAACACCUUAAUGAUGGACUGGAUACCUCAGAAUGAUCUUCUGGGUCAUCCCAAGACCAGAGCUUUUGUGGCACAUGGUGGAACGAAUGGAGUUCAAGAAGCCAUCUUCCAUGGGGUACCAAUUGUUGGAUUUGGGUUGAUCUUUGAUCAGCCAGAUAAUCUUUCAAAAAUGAGAGUAAAGGGUGUUGCAAAGACUGUAAACUUUGGCACAGUGGAUAAGGACUCCUUCCUUAAAACUGUUAAAGAGGUCCUCUAUGAGCCCUCUUAUCGUGAGAACAUGCAGAGGCUCUCAAGUCUUCACAAGGACGUUCCAGUGAAGCCUCUGGACAAUGCCAUCUUCUGGAUUGAGUUUGUUAUGAGGCACAAAGGAGCCCCUCACCUUCGCACAGAGUCGUACAAAAUGCCCUGGUACUCUUAUCACUCUGUUGACGUCAUACUGUUCCUGCUUUCUGCUAUAUCACUUAUAGUCCUGACUACAUAUGCGGUCAUCAGAUAUUUCUGCAUAAGAAUAUGUAUGCGAACAACAAAAAAGAAGCUCCAGUGAUUCUUGUUAUUAUAAUUGAAUUAAUACAGUGUUUUUGUUGUUGUUUACUUAAGCAUUUCUUGUGUUUUUAAAGGACUAUCUUGUAAUUUUUGUUUGCAGUUUAGGCGUAAUCCAGUGAAAUCCACCUACAAAUUAAAGUUUACCUUGCAGAUUGUAAAAUUCAAAUUUACGUUGGAGAUUAUUUUAUUGUUCCUAGCACAUAAAUAUGUUUCUGAAUUAUAUUCUAGAUAUUUAAAAUUAUUUUGUCAGUAUUGACCAUACUGGUCUGUUAGAACAACAUUGUUACCACUGUAAUGUGAACACAUUAUACAACAUUAUUUGGUUACAUAUUGAUUACCCUCAAAUGUAUUUCUAUAUCUACAUCUACAUAUACUCCAUAUACAAAAAAAAAAAAAAAAAAAAAAGGACUUUUGCGGGUUGUUCAGUUUACUUAAUUUAAAUUAACUAAAGCAACACAAUUCUAGAAUAUUUUGUCACAACUUGAUUUUGUGUUCUAAAAUUUGUAAAACUGACAUUUACUUUACCCAUUUGAGUUUGGACUCUUUUUGUAACAUUGAUGACACUGGGCAGGGGAUUUCGUAGUAUACAUGGGACAUGAUGGGGUGAACAAAUGUUGAAAUUAAGUGUUAUUUUAUGCAUUUUUUUGUGCAAUAUGAGAAUGGGGGAGAUUAGUUCAUGUUUAAUGUUCUGCUAUAUUGGUAUUUAAAAAGAGUGUCUGUUAGGAUGAUGUUUUGGGGGUUUACCAUUGUGGUGAAUAAUGGUGCUUGUGCUUAGGUUGAGGAUGGAUGUUCACAUUCAAGGGAUGUUUGAUUCGAGUUCUAUAGGCAGUUGCUAUCAAAUUGACAGUUUUAUUGUCCUUACACUUGCUCACUUGACAUAAACUACUGAUUAAUAAAAUACAUUAAGUUGGACCAACAUAAAAAAUUUAAUAAAAAUUAGUACAUUUUGUUUGACGAACCUUAUAAUGUUGAGAAAGAAAUUAAAUUGCUUGUAAAAACUUUCUCAAAUUCAAUUAAGUAAGGGUAAUGACUUCAUUUCUUUGGAGUAUAAUCUAUUGUUACAACUAAAGACUGUUUGGGAAAAAUAGAGCUUACUGUCUUUCCUUAUAUUUUGACUACCUGCUCAAAAAACUACAUAAUGUGAUUUUUUUUACAAUAUGGUAUAAACAUGUCCCAAAAGGUAUUUUCCAUCAAUGCAAAAAGAAUCAAUGUACUCCUCUGAUUACUUGAUAUCCAGCAAACAUGUUUUAUUUGAAACAACAUAAGCUGUAGCAAUCUGACCCACUGGGUCAACCUGUAUUUCUCAAGAGGACAAAGGUGGAAGAUCAUAUUCCUUUUCCAGUUUAUGAUUCACACCUGCCGGAGGGGGCAAACCUUGACCUUUCUGUCAUCAGUCCAGAUGAGAAGCAAAAAAACUACAAUGGUGUAAUCUUAGAUUCCCCCCUAAGGAAAAUGCUGUACACAUUACUUCAAGUAUGUUAUUUGUUAUAUGAGUGAAAUACAUGCAAUACUUUUGGACAUGCUAUACUCUAUCUAAAACUAUUUACUAACAGCCUUUAGUUUUUAAUUCUUAAAUAAUUUAAUUCUUUCAUUAUUUUUUUUUUAUUUCAUACAUGCAGCUUUUAAGACCUUAUACUAAGAAACUACAUGGAAUAUCAAAAAAAUACUUUUAAAAAUUAAUUUGUCACACCACAAGACCAUUUAAAAUGAAUGAGUAAAGGGUAGUGAUUUAAAUUGGUGAAAAAAAAAAUCGUUGAUCAGUUACAGGACCAAAGAAAUACACUUUGCCUUAUACAUUCAUAUCCAUUUUAACUUAAACUCUUGGUGUUGAUUAAAAAAAGCUCUAUGGACAGAAUAUGUCAACUACCCAUUAUGCAGUACCCUCUACCCAUUAUUUAUGAAAAGUUCUAUACUUUCUUCCAUUUUGAGCUGAGCAGAAUGGUUUUCAUAUUUAACAGAAAAUUAAUAAUAAACAAUAAAGAAAAUAUUUAAAUUGGGUACAUUAGAUGGUCUUCUUAAUGGGCUGAUUGAUGCUAAAAUGUAACACAAAAGGUAUGGAUUGGAUAAUAUUUGCCUUCUGUGUAAUAUGCAGCUUCAUUGACGUACUACAGUUUUAUAGACUGCCUUACUCAUCACACUAACCACUGAGCUGAAUCUCCAUGCAUUUCUGCAGCAAUAUACUGUAUCUGUGCCUCUCUCUCUCUCUCUCUCUCUCUCGCUCUCUCUACACACACACACACACACACACACACACGCUCUUUCUUUUGCACACAGUCUGGAACACACAUAAUCUGUAUGCGUGUUUGAAAAUGUUCUGCCUUCAUGCUUUGUGCUGCUUUUGUACUUUAAAAUGCUGCUGAGCUGCUAAAAAUACAGCUGUAAUUGAAAGCUUUUAUCCAAGCA